GAGAGAGAGAGAGAGAAUGUACGCACGUUAUAUCUGUGCACCAGCCCCUAUAAAGGAGGAGACAGACUGCUUCAUUUCUCAUCUUUAUUAUGAACCAUCGAUGUCGCUCCACAUCCGUUUCCGCUGAAGUCGUGUCUAUGUGACCGGGUUACAAAUGAACGAUUAUGUAGGCUACAUAGCGGAGAUGCCCAGACCAUCACCACCAUCACCGCUUCCUCCACCUCCUGCUGCUGUUCCUGCUCCUGCUGCCGAAGCCUGGUGCCGGUGUGUGUUCACCUUCAGCGCGUCACAGCGCGCGGACACCGGAGAUCAGCUAGACAUGAUGAAAAGCAGCCUCACACACCUGGAGGAAAUACGCACCCCGUUUCGGAUGAAAACAAAAACCCCUUUUAGCACUUUGCACCUUCGGAGUUUAUGGAUUCGUUCCCACGUUUAAGAGAGGAACUUUAAUAAGAGGGAAUAAUGAUAAAGUGAACACGUGAUACGUUCGGAUCUCAUUUAAACGGAACGCAUCGAAGAUGACGCGCAGUCUCCUGGACGCUUAAGUUUGAUUCCUGUCGCUGUGAGCGCCUGCAUGCCGCAUAGACACCGGCUCAGCGUGCUUCUGUGUGUGUGUGUGUGUGUGUGUGUGUGUGUGUGUGUGUGUGUGUGUGUGUGUGUGUGUGUGUGUGUGUGUGUGUGUGUGUGUGUGUGUAACAGGGGCGUGUUACAGCUGCAUAUUGCGUAACUACAGUUCCAAGACUUUUUUCUCGGUCUUCUCAGCCUCCUAGUUUCACGCCGGUGGAUGCUCACGCUCACGUGCAGGAGCAGGACAUACAAAUACACACUGACAUCAUGUCUCUGCUCCAUCCAGACCGGUAACUGGGAUUAUUCAUUGCAGAGACUGUAGUGUGAAACCGAAAGUUGAUGCUCGGGACCCCUGAUAAUGAUGAUGGUGCACAUGCAGAGGCCUGUCGCCUGCACACCUUCUCUGCUUGUGCUCUAGGAUGUUGCGACAAGCGGUGCAAGAGGGGCUGCGGGCGUCCUUCCACAAGCUGGGCCACUUUGUCGCCAACCACCCAGUGUUCUUUGCCUCGGCGCCCGUGCUCCUCUCGGUGCUGCUCGGUGCCAGUUUCAGUAGGUACCGCAUUGAGGAGGAAGUGGAGCAUCUGCUAGCCCCCAAACACAGCCUGGCAAAGAUCGAGGGCAACCUAGUGGACAGCCUGUUCCCCAUUAACCGCUCCAAACACACGCUCUACUCAGACCUGCAGACGCCGGGCAGGUACGGGAGGGUAAUUGUGACCUCUCACAGGGGCAGCGUGCUUGAACCUCACCAUGUUGACCUUGUCCUGAAGCUUCACAGUGCCAUCACCCACAUGCAGGUUCCUAUGCUGGGCUUCAACUAUACCUUUGCUCACCUCUGCCUGCUGGACGAUAGCAAGAACUGCAUCGUAGAUGACAUCUUGCGAGUUCUGGAGGAAAUGCGAACAGCACGUACCUCCAACCGGACCGUUCUGCCAUUGCGCUACCCCAUCACACAGCUCAAGGAUGGGCGAGAGGCCUACAUCGGACACCAACUCGGCGGGGUUCAGACAGCGGGAAGCGGUGGAGAAGGCGUCCGUGCUGCCCGUGCGCUCCAGCUUACGUACUACCUGCAGGUCUCCAGCGCGUUGAACGAGGUGGUGGCGGCUCGCUGGGAGCUGCUCUUUUGCCGUGAGUUGGAGAGCUUCAGCGCAGCACAUCCCGAGCUGGGGGUCUACCCGUUCACCUCGUCCUCGCUGCAGAAGGACUUUCAGAGGACGAGCCGUGUAUCUGAGCGUCCGCUGCUCUUUAGCCUGGCUGCAUGCCUCUCGCUCGCUGUGCUUUGCUCUUCUAUGAGAGACUGCGUACGCACCAAACCCUGGCUGGGAAUCCUGGCGCUGGUCACAGUCAGCCUCGCGACACUCACCUCCGCCGGGAUCUUCAACCUCACUGGAGGCAAAUACAACUCGACGUACCUCGGAAUUCCUUUUAUCAUGCUAGGUCAUGGCUUGUUUGGCAUGUUUGAGAUGCUGUCUUCGUGGCGACGGACCCGUGAGGACCAGCAUGUAAAAGAGCGAGUGGCUGCUGUAUUCUCUGACUGCAUGCUUCCGUUCACAGCCAGCACCGCCCUUCACCUCGUCACCUUUGGCAUCGGCGCCAGCCCCUUCACCAACAUCGAGGCUGUGCGCCUCUUCUGCCACAUUGCCUGCAUUUCCAUCCUCUUUAACUACCUCUACAUCCUCACCUUCUAUGGGUCCAACCUGGUUUUUGCAGGUUACCUUGAAAACAACUAUCGCCACAGCCUAUUCUGCAGGCGAGUCCCCAAGCCUGAUUUACUGCAGCAAAAGCCAGCGUGGUAUCGCUUCCUGAUGUACACGCAUUACAACGAGGAAGCGUCGGAACCUGCUGACCUUCAUGUCUACGAGAACCAUCUCCUGGUGGCCUUCAUGAAGCGCUACUAUUGUGACUGGAUCACCAACACUUAUGUCAAACCCUUUGUAGUGCUUUUUUAUUUAGUAUACAUCUCCUUUGCGUUGAUGGGCUACUUACAGGUGAGCGAAGGCUCAGAUCUCAGUAAUGUUGUCGCAACAGAGACCAGCACCAUUGCCUACACCCGGGCACAACAGCGCUACUUCAGUAGUUACAGCCCUGUGAUUGGCUUCUACAUCUAUGAAUCUAUCGAGUACUGGAACACCAGUGUGCAGGACGACCUCCUCGAGUACACCAAAGGGUUUGAGCGGAUCUCCUGGUUUGAGAGUUACCUAAACUACCUGCAUGGUCUGAACAUCACAACCAGCCUUUCGCGCAGGAACUUCACCGAUUACCUGCGUUCAGGAUUCCUCCGCCAGCCCCGCUACCUCCAUUUUUCAGACGACAUCAUAUUUGCCAAGCGGGCUGAUGGAGAGUUUGACGUUGUGGCUUCCCGGAUGUUCCUGGCGGCCAAGACGACAGAGAACAAGCGAGAGGAGAUGUCUAUUUUGUUAGACACACUGCGCAAACUCUCGCUGACCUCCAGGGUGAAGUUCAUAAUCUUCAACCCUUCUUUUGUGUACAUGGACCGUUAUGCAUCAUCAGUGGGUGCACCACUGAAGAACUCGUGCAUUGCUGCUUUGUUCUUGCUCUUUUUUUCUAGCUUCCUGGCUACAGACCCUUUGGUGAACGCCUGGAUAACUGUGACGGUGGCCUCUGUGGAAUUUGGUGUGGUGGGAUUUAUGACCCUGUGGCAAGUGGAGUUAGACUGUGUGUCAGUGCUGUGCCUCAUUUAUGGGGUGAACUAUGCCGUGGACUCGAGCGUGCCUCUAGUGUCGGCCUUUGCUCUGGGACGAGAAUCGACACGUACACGAUGGGUGAAGGUGUCACUGGAGCGGCACGGGGUCCCUGCCCUGCAGAGCUACAUGUGUUACGGUGCGGCGUUGUUGCCUUUAGCAGCGGUUCCAUCCAACCUUACUCACACACUAUUCAGGUGUUUUUUCCUCACCGCCCUCAUCACUGCUUUCCACUGCCUCGCUAUCCUUCCAGUCCUUCUGACAUUCUUGCCUCCAUCCAAGAAAAAGCGAAGGGAAAGGAAAAACAUGGCCGAGCACCGAGAAGAGAUCGAAUGUGUCGAGAUGGCAGACAGUACCCGAGUGGUCGAUCAGAUUACCACCGUCUGAACAAAAUGACAAAAUCUGACCAAGAGCAACGGCAGGGCUUGGGCUCACAGGGUCCAUAAAAUCUUAGAAGGACCAGUCAUGUCACAGACGCAGAUAGAAUCUGAGCAAAAGUAUUUGAGCCCUUUUGUUGGAACUAGGCUUUGUUGUCAUGGUAAAAAAUUGCUAGAAAGGUCUCGUCAUUAACACAAAGCUAGGUUGUCAUAGUGAAAGCCCUGCGAAGGUCGUGCUGCACAUCUUCCGUCUCGGAGUCGAUGCUGAGAGAUGGUCUUUGUUCUGUGAUCUGAAUGAGCCAAAUUUUUGGCCAGCUGCAGAUAAUUACAGAGCGGCUCCUAGACGAGCAGCUGAAUUCUCUCAACAAGGUUUCGCCUUAAUGCAGUUCAGACGCACUUACAAAAACAUGCUAUACAAAACAUUUCCUCAUGACUGUGAUAUCAAAAUCUACAAAUAAGAAAUAGAAGCCAGCCGCUCUUAUAUACAAGUGGUCAAAAGGCCUCAUGGCUAAAUCAAUGCUAAGGCAGCCAUAUUAGUUUUUUAAUAGCCAUGUCCUUUGUUAGCCAUAUAAAUUCAAUCUCUAGCUAAUUUGUCAUUUCAAGGCUUUGAUCCUGCCCUUGAAUUUUUUUUCAUUUGUUAGAACACUUGAUCUCUGGUGGAGAGAGAUGCUGCAUCGCUUCCAUGGUAACCCCUCAACACGACUGUCACAAUUUAGCGUUAGAUUAUACUGUAAAUACAUGCCCCCCACCCCACCCCUUAAGUAUCCAGCCAGUUCCUAAUAGCCCUUAAUGGGAAUCGAUGGCUGAUUAAGUUAUGCACGUGCGCAGGUUGUAAAUAACCUACAAAUGAUUCCAUCCCAGAGUUCCUGGAGUGUGUUUUAUUUUAUUUUUUUUUGUUCCUUGAAAAUCACACUGUCACACACACAAUGCUCCUCAUCAAUAUGUAUGAGCCGGAAUCACUCUCUUUGUGUCGUUGUUCUCUCAGUAUGAGAUGCACAAAGGAGGGAGAGGAUAAGGGUAGUGAGAGAAAGAUACACACACACACACACACACACACACACACACACACACACACACACACACACACACACACAGUGAGAAAAACAGAAUAGAGAAGUCUAGAGACAGAAGGAAACAUCGAACGAGAGUUUGAUGGCAGGAUUUUUUUAAAAAUAUAAUAGCGACACUUUAUCUCAUGCAAGAUACGAUACUGAGUUCUGGAUUCCGAUUGGUCAGAAUGUGUUGAUUCAUUUUCAGUAGUUUACAUUAACGCUCUCGAUCUCGUACAUUACCGUUUCUGUAGUAACAGCUCGUUCACAGGGACUUCGUACGGCAGACAACCCACACGAUCAGAUGUACAACAGUCUGUUAUCGUCAAUAUGAUGAGAAUUUCUUUGAGAUAUUUAUGUACGGUGUAGUGAAGGAGUCUCUACUGACAGCGCCGUGUACCAGUCAGAGGUAAAGCCGGAACCUUUUCCCCCACAUCUGUUACUGUACGGAUUCUCAGUAACAUGACAAGCUGAAGUUUGUUUUCGUCGUAUUAUCUCAGAGAGAGAGAGUAAAGAGAGGCUGGAGAAGGUUUGACCAUUUAGAGCUGAGAGAACUACAGUGAGAACUUGUUUCAUAGAUGUUCCAUAACGCUAAAAUUGACAACAAAUGGAUAAUAAAGUAUAUCCGACUGUUAGAGACAUAACAUUAAAUGUCACUCGUUAUUUUACUAUAUCAGCAAGCUGGAGUCGAUAGAUGAGAUUUUAGUAGAACAUCACGGAGACCCGGUCUGUAGUGUUGGUUCCUCUCGCAGGUCACAAACAAAUGCUCUUUUCUUCUUAUUCACACCAUCACCGGAACACAUCACUGAGGAAAGGCUGUGAGGAAAAACUGAAAGAUAUGAUGAUGCAGUUCUUCCACCUGUUUCUCGCCGUUCUGAGCUCUGCCACCAUCCGCUUUACUGUUAAUACACGUACGUCAUUACUGAACAUCUCCUCUACUGUACAUUACCUCGUAUCUCUCCUUACAUGUUCCUUACCAGUCGGGAGAAAGCAUUUUAAUCGCCUUAUCGGUCCUCUUCUAGGUCAGAUCGUAUCAUUGAACCAUUUUCCUCUUUGGGUAGAAACGAAGCAGGACGACGUCACUCUGUAUCCGACGAUCUAAGUUUAUUACAUUCUGUCCCGCGAUAAAGAAACUUGAAAACUUGUUACCCUUUAACAGAUAAUCCUGUUUGUUCUUGUAAUAUUUAUUUUAUCAAUGAAUCCAUAUUUUCACCUCUGUGUCGAAUCUUAUCUAAAUCACACUUACAUACACACUCUGUCUGUCCGUGUAGCCUCUGAUUUUAGCUGCUGAAUUGAAUAAUAUGAUGCACAUCCUCCGUAACGUUCCUUCAUCUGAUUCCUGAACCGUUUUGAAGUACAAACACACCGGAUUUGGGGCAGAAAUGCGGCUGGAAAUGUGAAAUCUUGAGAAACCCUGAGGUAGAAAACACACUUCUUGAAUAAUUCAUCACACUGAACACACUCUUGAUUGGUUUUUAGUUGUUUUUGCUUUAAAUAAAAUGACUGAACUUGAUAUACACAUAGAGAACAGACAGGAAUUUGCCCAUUGGGAAAGAUUUGUUGGUUUUGUAUCUAUUUGUAUAAAAUUCAACUAA